AUGUUGAUCACAUAUUUAGUAGUUGACGUAUGUAUCUUGGAAAGGGAGACAGGACCGUGUUUGGAACGACUUCUUCGAUUCGCUUAUGAUCCAAAGUCUGGAGAUUGCCACUUGUUCGUCUACGGUGGUUGCAAAGGAAAUGGAAACAAUUUCGCAAGCAAAAGAGACUGCUUGCGUGUAUGCAAACCUCGAACAACUGAAAAUAGAACAGCAGACUGUUUCCCUGAAAGAGUAAAAGGAGGACGAACCAGAUGUUCUGGAACAAUAGGUUAUAACUUCAAGACCAACAACUGCGAAAACGUUGUGAAUGGAUGCUUUCAUACUGCAAGGGAAUGUGAGCAAGCAUGUGUCUCCAAAUGGCCACCAGAAGUACCUGAGAUGAGGCCACCUAGCACAACGUCAACGACGACGACAACGGCAACAUCGUCAACAACAACUACUGCAUCCACAACAAAGCCGGCGAUAACCACUACGACGUCGACCCUGACGACACCUUCAGUACCAACAACGACGAUAACGACUACAACAGUCGAAUCAACAACAUCAGCAACAACUUUGACAACAAGAGAACCCAUCGCUACUCCUUCAUCAACAACGACUAGAACAUCAUCAACAUUCAUUUCAUCUCCAAUAACCUCCACAUCUUCGUCCAUCACGCCCACAACAGAACCAGCAACGACAUCAGCAGGUAUGGGCAUAAAAUACGCAGUCGGUAUUCAUAGACAAGAUCUUUGCAUCCAGUCUGGGUUGAAAGGAGGCUGCUCAGCACAUUGGGGAUACCGCUAUAAUGCGACAAUAGAUGCAUGCCAAUGGCAUAAGACUGGUGGCUGUUUUACAAAUGAACAGGAAUGUUCUGAAGCAUGCAUUAAGCGAACCCAGACAAUCGAAAGCAAACCGAUUACGACCACUAUACCGGCUACGACGAGCGCAGAAUUAACAACAUCGACAUCAACCCCCACACCAACGAGUUCGAAAUCAAUGGGUAGCUACCUUGAAUACCAUGAGUAG